GUGAGAAGGUCAGCUUCCCCGUGUUUGUAUUUCAGCCAUCAUCCUCCAUACUGGAGAGGCUUUAUCCGCUUGGCUUGCUUAAUUGCAGCACGUUUGACACGCAUGGAUAACCUGUGCAAUAGCGUCCUUGAUCCAGACCCCAUUUCCAUAUUGCAUCUCUUCCCCAAUGGCCUGAGGUGUCAUGGGUGCACCGAGCUGGAAAUAAUUCCCUCCUGGGGCUGUUGAAGCCCUAGAAAUGUUUGCCAAGUGAAGCUGUGGAUGCUCCAUCCCUGGAGGUGUUCAAGGCCAGGCUGGGUGGGGCUCUGGGCAGCAUGACCCCGUGGGUGGCAUCCCUGCCCACGGCAGUGGGGUUGGGGUUCUAAGCUCUUUGCUGUCCCUUCCACCCCAAGCCGCUCUAUGAUUCUGCGUUUCUAUGACGUAAGCACGGGCCCCACGCAGCCCUGGUGCAGCACAUCACAAGAGCAGCAGCCCGCGGGGAGCCGCCACCCGGAAUCUCGGAGCCGUGAGGUCACAAUGCCCCGUCCAAUGGCUGUGCGGUGCUGUGCCGUGAGCUCACAAGGCCUGGCUGCGACGCUGUCCUGUGCCGCAGGCUUUGCUCUGUGCGACGCUCACUGUGGCUGCAGCGGUGGUGUUGGAAGCAUGGUGCGAGUGUGGGGAGCCAUGGCCCCUGCCCGCUUUGUCCUCUUCCUCCUACUGAUGGCCAUGUGUUUCCGGGAGACCUGUGCUGCUCCGUGGCGAGCACCGGGAGCAGGAGAUGAACUUGGUGCUCCCUUUCCGGAUGAUCGUUUGGAUCCGGAUUUUGUGCCUGUGCCUCUGGGACAACCCAGAGGCCCUGCUGGUGAAUCAGCAGAACAGAAUCCUGCCUCUGAGCCUGAAGGGGAUGCUGGAGAUGUGACUGGAGGAGGUGAUCCAGGUUCCGCUCUGAGCUCUGGGACUGAAACUCCGGCAGAUCGCAUGGGAGUGCCCCCAGGGAGGGCUUUGCCCGGUCAUGUGUUUCCUCCUGCGCUGGAGCCCAGCUGGAAUCCCAGCGGUCCGGAAAAAGGAAAGGAUGAACCCAAAAGAGGAGAAUACUCCCAGGGCUCAUCCCGUCUCCUCAAGGAACUGGUGAAGGAAAUGGAGAAGGCAGCGCGUGGAACUGACCAACAAAGUGAGCAGGAUGCACUGCAGGAAGGCAGCCAUCCCACACUGCCAGUCUCGGGCAAAGGAACGCAGGCAGCGCCAACAACUGUCAUGCCAGGGAUGAAUGCCGGGACGAGCACAAAGGCUGCUGUUGGCAGAUCUGCGCGAAGGCGCCACAUCGCAGCGAUGGUACUGUUCUCAGCUGUGCUGCUGUCUGCGCUGGUGCUGGCCUGUGGUGCUGUGAUAUGGAUGUGCCAAAAAUACGUAGUGUGCAAGAGAGAAGAGAGAGCAGCAGAGCAGGCUCAUCCUGAUACCAACUAGGAGAGAGUUCCAACUGGAGACGAGGGCAGAACGGAGCUGGGAGAGGCAGCCGAAGAGACUCUUGCCCCAUCAAAGAAGAAUCUCAGCCAUCGUCCCAGUGCAUUCCAUUCUGCCAUCCAAGAGGCCAAAGGUCUUCAAAGUCAUCUGGAAGACUUGGAGCUUGAACUCAAAGCCGUGAAAGAGGUCCACGGGAACAGUCCUGAGUGCUGCUUUCUGUCAGGGGACGGCCCUGAAAGUGAGAGCGGAGAACCAGCAGCAGAGCUUUUGUCCUUCACCCUGCAUUCUCUGGGACAAGCAUCAGCAACAUUUCAAAGAUUCUUAGCUCGGCAUAGCUACAAUCCUGUUGAGGGUCCUAAUGAGGAGCCAGAAAGCGAGCUUCCUCUGACCGCUGGACAACACCUUAACGUCUUUGGAGCUGUGGAUGAGAAUGGCUGGUUUCAGGGAGAGCUGACAGAUGGCACAAGAGGACUGGUCCCAUCCAGUUUGGUUGCGGAGGUUUCAGAUGAUGAACUGGAUACAACGAUGCCUCCGGAGCUCUGUGCUCUCCUGCUGGAUACUUGAUGAAUAAGUGGAUGCAGAGAUUCCAUCAUGCAGCAACAUCCUGUCAAAAUUCCUGCGUUACUCCAUCUGCAAGACUACCCCCUGCUCCACUUGAUGUUCAGGUGGAGUGUGUGCAGGACGUGGAUGAGCUCCUUUGGGAACACUCUGAGGUGACUGACAGUGUAACUGCAUAGUCUUGUGGUAUAUUAAACAAACAAACAAACAAACACCACCCACAAUAAAACAACCAACCAACCAACCCAAAAAGCGCUGCUCUUUUUCUUGGAUACACUGAGGUGAUCCUUUUUCUAGCUGAGACUUUGCAAUGAGUCUUGAAGCAGAUUUGAGCCGGUAGAAGUUGGCAGUGUCUGCAUUCCGUUCUCCUGAUUUCCUUGCUGGUCAGAGUUAAGGUGCCAUGCAUCCAUUCCCCAGCCCUAGCUGUCUCCUGAAUCAUGAGAACAGCCUUUCCAUAUUGUGGAAAGAACUGGAGUGGAUUCACGCUGAAGGACAAGAUGCUUGCAGACACGUAAGCUCAAGAAGAGAAUGCAGAGUCCACUGGAAACUCGCUGCCAAACAACGAUGAGAAAGUAGAAUAGGCUCCUGUUGUUGAAGAUGGGACGGUGAAACAGAUGUCUCAGCUCAACACAACGCCAGUAGGAGCUGGUUCGGGCUACCCCCCCUUAAAAGGUCGGAAGUUCACAGCGAGGUAGACUACGAGCCUUCAUCCACUGACCGCCAGAGACCCCCACCACAUUUUUAGGACGCGUGCUCAAGAGGGUGGGACAAUACGUUAAUAGUUUCUCAGAAUUCCAGCCCAUUUUUGUGGAACGUAAUGAAUAUGUGGAUGUUAUGUCUGUAAGUAUGUAACCAGUGCUUUUCUCUGUGUGCGAGUUAGGAGGAGAUAUCCCCCCCCGCACCCGGCGCCGUAAUGAGCGUACCUGCUUUGUAACCUUACGUGGGUUCCAGAGUUUGAUUCCACACGUCACUCCCUUCACUAUUAAGAGGACAAAGAACUUCUGGCACAGAAGGAUGCCCACCUGCAAGGCUCAAAUUGCACGCUGCUUCCUCCCUCUCUGCUCAGUAAAACUCUGUGUUGGGCUCAUUUGGAA